AGCAAAGCCAGGAUCAUCUGCGCGCCAGGGCCGCUCCGCGCAGACCGACGAUCUUCCUUCUUGCAGCCGCUGCUUAGCCGGGCGCCAGGAUGGCCGUUCCUCUGACCGACAGCGAGAAAAGGAAGCAGAUCAGCGUGCGGGGCAUCGCCGGCUUGGGCGAUGUGGCCGAGAUCCGCAAGAGCUUCAACCGGCAUCUCCAUUUCACCCUGGUGAAAGACAGGAACGUGGCCACCCCGCGGGACUAUUAUUUCGCCCUGGCGCACACCGUCCGGGAUCACUUGGUGGGGAGGUGGAUCCGGACCCAGCAGUAUUACUACGAGAAAGACCCCAAGCGUAUUUAUUACCUGUCCUUGGAAUUCUACAUGGGCCGAACACUUCAGAACACGAUGGUAAACCUGGGCCUGCAGAACGCCUGCGACGAAGCCAUUUACCAGCUCGGGCUGGACCUGGAAGAGCUAGAGGAGAUCGAGGAAGACGCUGGCCUAGGCAACGGAGGGCUGGGGCGUCUGGCAGCUUGCUUUCUUGACUCCAUGGCAACACUAGGACUUGCAGCCUACGGUUAUGGAAUCCGCUACGAAUUUGGCAUUUUUAAUCAGAAGAUUGUUGAUGGAUGGCAGGUGGAAGAAGCUGACGAUUGGCUGCGUUAUGGCAAUCCUUGGGAGAAAGCCCGCCCAGAGUACAUGCUUCCUGUGCACUUCUAUGGCCGGGUAGACCACACUCCCGACGGCAUUAAGUGGGUUGAUACUCAGGUGGUCCUUGCCAUGCCUUACGAUACGCCGGUCCCAGGAUACAAGAACAACACAGUCAACACCAUGAGAUUGUGGUCAGCCAAAGCACCCAAUGAUUUCAAUCUUGAAGAGUUUAAUAUAGGUGAUUAUAUCGAGGCUGUGUUGGAUAGAAACUUGGCAGAAAACAUCUCCAGAGUAUUAUAUCCAAAUGAUAAUUUCUUUGAAGGGAAAGAGCUGCGUUUGAAGCAGGAGUACUUCGUGGUAGCCGCCACUCUCCAGGAUAUCAUACGACGAUUCAAGUCUUCCAAAUUCGGAUGUCGUGACCCCGUCAGGACCUGCUUUGAGACAUUCCCCGAUAAGGUUGCCAUUCAGCUCAAUGACACUCACCCAGCCCUCUCAAUUCCGGAGCUCAUGAGGAUCCUUGUUGAUGUUGAAAAAAUGGAAUGGGACAAGGCCUGGGAAAUCACAAAGCGCACAUGCGCCUACACCAACCACACGGUGCUACCUGAAGCUCUGGAGCGCUGGCCCAUCUCUAUGUUCGAGAAACUCCUGCCAAGGCACCUGGAGAUCAUUUACGCCAUCAACCAAAAGCAUCUGGAUCAUGUGGCUGCCCUCUUUCCCGGAGACAUUGACCGCCUUCGAAGGAUGUCCGUGAUCGAGGAAGGCGACUGCAAGAGGAUCAAUAUGGCCCAUCUGUGUGUCAUUGGCUCUCAUGCGGUCAACGGAGUGGCCCAGAUUCACUCCGAGAUCGUGAAGAAUUCCGUAUUCAAAGAUUUCUAUGAGAUCGAGCCGGAGAAAUUUCAGAACAAGACGAACGGCAUCACCCCGAGGCGAUGGCUCCUGCUUUGCAACCCGGGACUCUCUGAUGUCAUUGUGGAGAGAAUUGGGGAAGGGUUUCUAACUGAUCUGAGCCAACUAAAGAAGCUGCUGGAUUUCGUCAACGAUGAGUCCUUUAUCAGAGAUGUAGCCAAAGUUAAACAGGAGAACAAGCUGAAGUUCUCAGCCCUCUUGGAAGAACAGUACAAGGUGAAGAUCAACCCUUCCUCGAUGUUUGAUGUGCAUGUCAAGAGAAUUCAUGAAUACAAGAGACAGCUCCUCAAUUGCCUGCAUAUCAUCACACUCUAUAACCGCAUCAGGAAAGACCCCAAAAAAUCCUACGUGCCAAGAACAGUUAUGAUUGGAGGAAAGGCUGCUCCUGGCUAUCACAUGGCCAAAAUGAUUAUCAAACUCAUCACAUCCAUCGGGGAUGUCGUCAACAAUGACCCUUAUGUAGGGGACAGGCUGAAAGUCAUCUUCUUGGAGAACUACAGAGUGUCCUUUGCGGAGAAAGUGAUUCCUGCUGCAGAUCUGUCUGAACAGAUCUCCACGGCUGGGACGGAGGCCUCAGGGACUGGAAACAUGAAAUUCAUGCUGAAUGGAGCCCUCACCAUUGGGACCAUGGAUGGUGCUAACGUGGAGAUGGCUGAGGAAGCCGGAGAGAAUAAUCUAUUCAUUUUUGGCAUGAGGGUGGAUGACGUCGAGGCGAUGGAUAAGAAAGGAUACAAUGCCAAAGGAUACUAUGACAGGAUUCCAGAGCUCAAGCAAGUUAUGGAUCAAAUUAGUGGUGGCUUCUUCUCACCAGACGAUCCAGGGUGCUUCCGAGAUAUCGUCAACAUGUUGAUGUAUCACGACAGGUUUAAGGUAUUUGCUGAUUAUGAAGCCUACAUCAAAUGUCAAGGGCAAGUAGACCAGCUGUACAUGAAUCCCAGGGAGUGGACUAAAAAGGUCAUCAAGAACAUUGCCUGUUCUGGCAAGUUUUCCAGCGACAGGACAAUCACCGAGUAUGCCAGAGAGAUCUGGGGAGUGGAGCCUUCAGCUGUGAAGAUCCCCCCGCCCAACAUACCCAGGGAGUAAAUCCACCACCUCAAGAGGUGCAUGCAAGUGCCCUGGCCACUGAGGCAUUCCUGCUUCCCAAUGAAUUUUCCACAGAUGAAUUCAAACGUGCAUCUUACCACCCGUCAGUCGUCUCAUAUUUAUAAAGACAUUGGUGGUUACUUGAAAUGGAGGCAGCUGGUGCUCUAAAUGACGAUAAGAAAGAGUUGACCAAAACCUUGUUGACCAUGAUACAUUUCAAGACCUAAAGCCGUAAGCUCAAGCAAGAAAGUGAGAUAAGGCCAUUCUCGUCUGUUAAAUCUCCUACUUAACCAAUGCAGUUAUGUGCAUGCUCUAUAUGUUGAGAGGGUGCUCCAGUUUCCUAGCCUUUUGUUCCUAUACCAGUCUCCCCUGUAUAGUUAAUUAGAAGAUGCCUGUGUCUGUUUGGGGGCAAGGGAAAACAGCAAAGCCAGGAGUUGGAUGCGGUGGAGAUCUUGGUUGUGGUUUUUUUAAAAAAAUGAAUUAACAGGUGCUGCCUUUUCCCAUUGCAAACAAUCCCUGCGCAUGAGCUGAAAAAUCAGAGUAGUUCCCCCACCCAAGAACAUUAAAAGAAAUGGAUAGAUAUGUGCAAACAGUUGGAAAUGGGGACACACAAGCAGCAGCAUGGGGGGUUAGUAAGGACUAAUGGUGCUAAGAAUGUAUUGCUGUCAUCUUCAUAAGACAGGCCUGCUCAACAUGUGACUCCUUGAGCCAGUGGUGGGGAACCUAUGGCACUCCAGAUGUUUGUUGGACUUCAGUUCCCAUCAUACCCGACCAGUGGCCAAACUGUCUAGGGCUGAUGGGAGUUGAAGUCUAACAACAUCUGGAAGGUCACAGGUUCCCCACACCUGUCUUAAGCCAAACAGUCUACCUGUCUUCUAGGGACUUGCCUCCUGGUACACCU